AUGGCCGCUGCCGAUGCAAAGGCUGCCUGGGACGCACAUGUCGACACCAGAACAGGCAAACCACUGCCAAAAGCCGCCGAGCCAUCUGAACUGACUAAGCUGAGAAAUGCGCUCGGCAAUCCCUUCAAGAGGGCGGCUGGUAUUGUUGGUGCAGCAGCAGCGCCAGUUCCUGACACUGGAGAUGGUUCGAAGAUCGCACCUGAAGAUGAUCCUACCGUCCUGAAGAAGAUUGCGGAUGGCCUGGGCGAUCUUUCGUAUCUCGGUGUCGAUAACGUGAAGACGUUGCUCGAGAUCCAAAAGGACAAGAUGGUCGGAGGAUACACAGACGACAAAACUUACCUUAUGGAAGGCUUGAUUAGAACUGCCGCAGCGCUGCCGGAUGAUUCGAAGAUACGUAAAACCUUGACCGACAGCUUUGUCACACAACUAUGGAACGAUCUGGAACACCCACCGCAAUCUUACCUUGGAUCAAAAUAUCAGUACAGAUCUGCAGAUGGCUCCAACAACAGUCUGAUCCACCCACAACUCGGUGCUGCUGGGACUCCCUACGCCAGGACAGUCAAGCCAUCUAUGAUGCAAACUCCAGCGAGGCCGGAUGCUGGUGUUGUGUUUGACAGCAUCAUGACUCGAAAGCACGCAGAGCUGCAUCCGAACCGAAUCUCGAGUAUGCUGUUCUACAUCGCAUCAAUCAUCAUCCAUGACUGUUUCCGUACAGACCACUCAGAUGACUAUGCCAACUCUAUGACAAGCUCAUAUCUGGAUCUUUCACCGCUAUAUGGAAGCAAUCAGAAGGAGCAGGAUGAAAUGAGAACGAAGAAGGACGGGAAGAUCAAACCAGACUGCUUUUCUGAAGGGAGGCUGUUGUUCUUCCCUCCCGGUGUCGGUGCGAUUCUCAUAAUGUUCAAUCGAUUCCACAACUACGUCGUUGAGAACUUGGCGACAAUCAACGAGCUGGGUCGUUUUACCAAACCAUCUGAAGAAGCUCCCAAACCUAACGGAGACGAGAAGAAGGACAGUGACGCUAAGGCGGCAUGGGAUGCGGCUUGGAUCAAAUACGACAACGAUUUGUUUCAGACUGGCCGCCUUAUCACGUGUGGCCUGUAUGUCAACAUCAUCCUUAUCGACUACGUGCGUACAAUUCUGGAUUUGAACCGAACCGACAGCAACUGGCAGCUUAACCCACGGGCUGAAGUAAAAGACCUGCCUAUGGGCGUUGGCAACCAAGUUUCUGCCGAGUUCAACCUUGUAUACAGGUGGCAUUCAACGGUAUCCGAUCGAGAUGAGAAAUGGACGAAAGAGUUGUUCGACGGCAUCUUCGGUGAAGAUCGUGAUCCCAAAACGAUAACUAGAGAUGUGUUCCUCGACGGAUUGCACAAGGUUUACAAGAACACCGACAAAGAUCCAUCGAAACGUAGCUUCGCUGGCUUGAAGCGCAAUGCUGACGGCACGCUUCCCGACGAUGAUCUUGUCGAUAUCCUCACUUCCAGUGUUGAGGAUUGCGCCAACUCUUUUGGUCCGAACAGAGUUCCUGAAGUCUUCCGUGCCAUCGAAGUGUUAGGUAUUGAGCAAGCGCGAACAUGGAACCUUGGCUCGUUGAACGAAUUCAGAAAAUACUUCCAAUUGGAGCCACACCGAACAUUCGAGGACAUCACCAGCGACAAAUAUGUGCAACAGCAGCUGAAGCAUCUUUACGACCACCCAGACAAGGUGGAGAUCUACCCUGGUAUUGUCGUUGAAGAUGCAAAACAACCCAUGGCACCUGGGUCUGGCUUGACACCUCCAUACACCGUCUCGCGUGCUGUGCUCUCAGAUGCCGUGGCUCUCGUUCGUGGCGACCGGUUCUACACCCACGACUAUAAUCCAAGAACAUUGACCAACUGGGGCUACUCACUCGCUGACUCAGAUACUGGCGUUGACAACGGAUGUGUGUUUUACAAGCUCUUCCUCCGUGCCUUCCCGAACCAUUUCAAGUCGAACAGUGUCUAUGUGCAUUAUCCUCUUACCAUCCCAUCCGCCAUGGAAGAGUCACUUAAGGACUUGCGCAAGAACAAGAUCUACGACUUCUCGAAACCUAGCACAAGCUCUCACCCACAGCUCGUCAAGGAAUACAAGGUCGCAACAGAGAUCAUGAAGAACCAGAAUACUUUUAAGGUCACAUGGGGUGAUGCUAUAGAAUACAUCAUGGGAGCUGCAUCAAAAGACUUUAUGCUCGCCGGUGACGGUCCAAAAAACGCAUUGUCUCGCGAGAUGGUCAAGAAAGCCCUAUAUAUCUCCGACUGGGACAAAGAAGUGCGCAGUUACUACACCGCAAAAACUCGAGAGCUUCUUGCCGAGAAAAGUGCAAAAAUUGCAGACUUCAAUCAAGUAGACAUCAUCCGCGACGUCGGCAACCUCGCGCAUGUACACUUCUGCGCCGAGCUCUUCAUGCUGCCUCUCAAGACAGAUGAACGGCCUCACGGCAUUUUCACUGAGGCAGAACUCUACCUCCUGAUGUCAGUUGUCUUUGCGCUUAUCUUUUUCGACGUCGAUCCUGCUGGCUCGUUUCCUCUACACCUGAAAGCGCACAAAGCCACAGAGAUCCUGGGUAACGUCAUCACGAAGAAUGUCGAGGCCAUUGCCCACUCCGGUGUUCUGUCACGUAUUACUCAGUCCAUAUGGCCCAACGACUCUGCACUCAAGAGCUACGGUAUCCACAUGAUUGAGCGCUUGCUGAAGUCUGGCAUUGAGCCUAAGAAGCUAGUCUGGGGCCAUAUACUCGGCACGGCGAGCGGUAUGGUAUCGAAUCAGGGCCAACUAUUUGGGCAGACAAUCGAGUACUACCUCCUCGGUGCAGGUCAGAAACACUGGGCCGAUAUUCAGAAGCUCGCACAUGACGACAGCGAGGCAGCAUUCGAGAAACUCCAACGCUAUUUCCUCGAAGGCUCGCGCCUGGCAGGCGAAACAGCCAUAAUUCGACAGGCCGCUAAAGACACCACCGUCACUGACUCGGGCAGUACACUCAACCUCAAAGCCGGAGACAAAGUCUUCAUCCACCUGCGCGCCGCAUCGCACGACCCAACCAUCUUCCCCAAUCCGGAUGAAGUCGACCUCAACAGGCCGAUGGACAGCUACAUCCACUUUGGCUACGGAUCGCAUCAGUGCUUGGGGCUGCCGAUGGCAAAGGUCACGCUUACGUGUAUGCUCAAGGAGGUUGCAAAGCUGAAGAACUUGAGGCCUGCCAAGGGCGAUCAAGGGAAGGUGCACAAGGUCGAGAAGAAGUUGUCUCCGGAUGAGAAAUACCCGUACCAUGCUUAUCUGACGGAAAACUGGGAUAUGUAUUUCCCGUUCCCUUGUGGUAAGUCGAACUCCCAUAUGAUCUCUGAGACUUGAGUACUGACGAAUCGCAGCUUUGAAGGUUUGCUGGGACGAUUGA